ACCGAAGCCGUUCAGCUCAGUUUUCGACAUCCUUGUGCCGAACUUUCAGCUUUUCCUCUGCGCAUUGCUUAUUGGCCUCUUUGCACAGGUCCGUUCAGACGGGACAGCUCUGGACAUUGCUCGUUGCGGGACCAGCUGCAGUCUCGCGGUCUGACACCCCGCCAAGUGCUAGGGUUCGGCCAGGCCGCAGGACGAGCUGAAAAGAGGUCAGCAAGGCCACGCAGCAAGGCGCACGUAUAUAUUUCCCCAGCUGAAGAAGCUGCAGCCUGGUGAUUCUACUCAAGUUUCCUUUCUAAGUGCUAUCGAGAAUCUUACGCUUAUUGCUCGGUCGAAGCUGGCGUCCAAAAUUCAAGUAAAAGUUUGGCCAACGAGGAACCUGGUGAACUCUUGAUUUAUUUCAGAACGGUAUGGUAUAACCAUAGUGCAGUUCUCUACCUUCAAAGCUACUCGAUCCUUACGUUGCGCUAUCUAGAGAUGGGAUUCAUGUCUUGAGUUGGGAUCUAAUCGUGCUUAUAGUCCAUAAAAUGACAGGCAUCAAAGCUCAGUCAGAAACGGUCCCUCCGUCUGAGCUCGAAAAGAUUAGAGCAAAAAUCGGGCAAGAGUUCCAGAGAGUGGCAAGCCUUAUCAGCGCGUCUAGGAGACCUUUGCCGGAUCAGACUGGAGAUGGAACAUAUCUGCACUUAACUCCAGACACGCCUGAAAUCAUCAAAAAGGUUGAGGGUACGUUGAAUGACCUGCGUCAUCUGGGCAUUACAGACAUCACUACGCUCCUCGAAGUGCAAUCGAAGCAGAAAUCUGGCGCGCUAUGGAACGACAAGGAUUAUUUGAUGGAGAAAUUGAUCCGAACUGCGGUUGCAUUCCCAGACAAUUCCGUAGAGGGAAAUAAAGUCACGAAUGGGUUUCUUACGACGCUUUAUAACGACCUGCAACAUCCACCCAUAUCAUAUCUGGGACAGACCUAUCAAUAUCGCUCUGCUGAUGGCUCCUUUAAUAGCCUCAAGCAUCCAGACCUCGGUAAAGCGGGCACGCCAUACGCACGAACAUGCCCGCCAAAGACCAUGCAGCCUGGAGCACUUCCCGAUCCUGGAGUUAUAUUUGAUUCAAUUAUGGCCAGAAAGCCUGAGAAUGUCAAGAAACAUCCUAACAGUAUUUCAAGCAUUCUGUUCUACUUGGCUUCGAUCAUCAUUCACGAUCUCUUCCGGACCAACCACGAAGAUUUUGCAAUCUCAGACACAUCUUCCUAUUUGGAUCUCUCUCCGCUAUAUGGAAGUAAUUUAGAAGAGCAAAUGCGCAUUCGUACGGGCCUAGACGGCAAGUUAAAGCCAGAUGCCUUCUCUGAAGUUCGUCUUCUAUCGUUCCCGCCCGGUGUUGGGGUUAUUCUGGUCAUGUUCAACCGUUUCCACCAACACGUUGUGGAACAGCUUGCUAUCAUCAACGAAGGUGGCCAAUUCAAUAGACCAUCUGGAGAUCCUCCGAAGAUUGACUACAAGCAAAAAGAGUGGUGGAAGAACGUCCCAGAUGCCUGGCGUCAGUAUGACGAGAAGCUAUUCCAGGUCGGCAGACUUGUGACGUGCGGAUUAUACAUCAACAUCAUUCUUCUCGACUACGUUCGUACAAUUUUGAAUCUCAACAAAACUAACAGCAAUUGGGCCCUGAACCCCCGGGCAGACAUCCCUGGUGUCGAAGUCGCUGCUGGAAAUCAAGUAUCUGCUGAAUUUAAUUUGGUCUAUCGCUGGCACUCUGCGAUUUCUGAACGUGAUGAAAAGUGGACAAACGAGUUCAUCAGAGAAAAAUUCCAAGGCAUAGAUCCCAAUAAAGUGCCAUUACGAGUAUUCUUGGAACAGCUAGGGAAAAUGCAAGCCACUGAAGAAGCAAAAGAUCCAGGAGAGCGUACUUGGGGACCAUUCAAGCGCAAUGCGGAUGGCACAAUAUCUGAUGAUGAUCUAGUUGAGGUUAUAAGUGACAGCAUAGCCGAUUGUGCUAAUUCCUACGGUGCAAACCGUGUGCCAGUAAUCAUGAGGGCAGUAGAGAUUCUGGGAAUCGAGCAGGCAAGAAGUUGGAGUGUUGCUUCUCUGAACGAAUUCAGAAAGUACUUCCGCUUGCAACCUCAUGAAAAAUUCACGGACAUCAAUUCGGAUCCCUAUGUCGCCAAACAGCUCGAGCGCCUCUACGAUCAUCCAGAUCAGGUUGAGCUCUACCCAGGCCUCGUCGCGGAAGAGCCGAAGGAGCCCCUUAUCCCAGGUGCCGGACUUUGUCCGUCGUACACAGUGUCCCGGGCAGUUCUCUCAGACGCAGUUGCACUGGUUCGAGGUGACAGAUUCUAUACUGUCGACUAUCACCCUAAAAAACUCACAAACUGGGGCUACUCUGCCGCAGCCAGUGAUACUGCUAUCGAUAAUGGCUGUGUCUUCUACAAGUUGUUCUUAACAGCAUUCCCGCACCACUUCCGACCGAAUUCGGUCUACGCACAUUAUCCCAUGACUGUUCCCACUGAAAUGGCAAAGGUGCUCAAGGAUUUGGGCCGCUAUGAUCAUUACAAUUUUGAAAAGCCAAAGCGGUUGGCGAGCACCACGGUCGCGUUCAGUUAUACAGCCGUCAAGGCUAUUGCUACUAAUUCUGGUGCAUUCAAGACUACCUGGGGCGGAGCAAUGGAGUAUUUGAUCAGUCCAACUGCCAAGCAGUCCAUUGCAAGCAAGACUGUUGCGAACGACAUGGAGGCUCGCGAGAUUCUGACGAAGGCACUCUACUCGGAGGGCAAGUGGGCGAAGACAGUUCGAGCCUACUUUGAAAACGCCACGCUCAAGGCUCUCCGAGAAAAGGCAUAUAAAUUGGCCGAUCUGAAUCAGGUCGACAUAAUUAGGGACAUUGGAAACCUUAUCCCUGUUCAUUUUGUGUCGGAGCUAUUUUCUUUACCGUUGAAAACCAAGGAAGUGCCAGCGGGCAUUUUCACCGAACAUGAGAUGUACCUUGCCUUGCUUGCCAUAUAUACGUCUUUUCUCAAGGAUUCAGACUCUAUCAACAGCUUUGAUAUUCGUCAGAUAUCAUACCAGGCUGUACAAACUCUUGGCGGGCUCGUUGAGGCACACGUGGAUGAGCUUACCGCGCCUGGUAUCUUAAAAUCGAUCAUGCAUGUUAUCUUCAACGAUCGAAAAGACUCAGAUGUUGGCGAGGCUGGGAAAAGGGCCAUCAAGGCUCUGCUUUCUAGUAAACUUGACAACAAGACGGUGGUUUGGGGCUACGUGUUGAGCACAGCCGCAGGUGUUACUGCCGCUCAGGGUAGCCUUUUUGCGAACGUGAUUGAUUACUUUGUCAAUCAGCCCGACGAUUUUAAGAAGAACGUUUACAAUCUCGCUAAAUCCGGCGACGACAGUUCUUUCGAACAGCUCAUGCACUAUGUUCUCGAAGCGGCACGACUUUCUUGCGAGACUGCACUCUAUCGAACUGCGGCUGUUGCGAUGACCAUUCCUGACGGCAAAGAUCGAAAGAUCGAAGUGAAACCUGGAGAUAAGGUGCUUCUCAAUCUUCGUUCUGCUUGCCUCGACCCCGCAGCAUUCCCGGAGCCUACGAAGUUUGAUCCAACCAGGCCAAUUGAGAAAUACUUGCAUCUAGGGAUGGGACCUCACGAUAACCUGGGAUUCGAGACAACUUCGAUAGCUUUGACAGCAAUGUGCAAGGUCGCCCUUAGCUUGGAUGGCUUGCGUCCAGCCAAGGGGCCGCAGGGUAAGGUUCAUAAGGUACCAAGAUUGCUUAACGUUGGGGGAAAUGGAGCUGGUUCGGUGGCCGUUGAAGGAUACCACGGCUUCCUGACAGAGAACUGGGACCAGAUUUGGCCUACUCCGCAAAGCAUGAAAGUCAACUGGGUUUAAUAUUUCGCAAGAUCAGGAGACGAGAAGUCCAAAAAAAAAAAUCUUUCGGGCGUCCAGACUAUGUCAAACAGGCUCCGCAAAAACUACAAUUUCAUCAAUGCAAUGAAUAUCAAAGAAUAUGAAAAAAAGAAAAGUGGCACGACUCGUCUGCCAAAUAUGGGGCUACCUUCCCGUUGAACUCCCGUAUCGGCGCUUUACCAGAAACACUUUCGUUUUUCCAAGCCUACGAACAACGACCUGUAGACGAGCAGUCACUUGUACAACUCUCGCGGCCUGCGGCUUUGCCGUGCUCGUAAUUUGCAGUAAAGUAGUUGGAGAAGCUUUUGGCAUUGUGGGCUUUUAAACAUAUGCCGCUCCUUUCGUAAUCUAGAAAUUUACGUUGUUACAACUUAUCCUUGCAGCGGAUAGCACUCGUUUCACAAGCGUUACGACGCCUUCGAUGUAUU